AUUGACGUCAUGAUCAGCCUGGUAAGAGCCAUGCGCAGUAGCAUAUGCGCGGGCUUGUAAUGUUUUGGCAAGAUGCCGUCCGAGCAGCAGAAAUCUGCUAAUAGUAACUUAACAACUCAGCCUGAAAAGCCUUUUCAUUACACAUACCUAAAGGAGUUUCGAACUCAACAAUGCCAAGAUUUUUUGCAGCACAAGUGCCCAAAUCAUCGGCCGUUUACAUGUUUUCAUUGGCAUUUUAUGAAUCAAAGGCGGAGAAGACCUAUUCGUAGACGAGAUGGAAUAUUUAAUUAUAGUCCUGAUGUUUAUUGUACGAAAUAUGAUGAAACUACAGGAUUAUGUGCCGAUGGAGAAGAUUGUGCCUAUUUACAUCGUACCACUGGUGAUACCGAAAGGCGAUAUCAUCUUCGAUACUACAAGACUGGCACGUGUGUACACGAAACAGAUGCCAGGGGUCACUGUGUGAAGAAUGGCCCUCACUGCGCAUUUGCUCAUGGGCCGCACGAUCUACGUCAACCCGUGUACGACAUCCGAGAGAUGAUGGCACAGCAGGAUAUGCAGCAACAGCAGCAACCGGUCUCGUCGGAGUCCUCAUCUACCAAUGGCAGCUCUUUAAGUCAAACUCUUAGUAUAGCUGAUAAGGAUAAGAUUGUACAGGUCGAUGACCCUAAAUGGCAAGAUACAAAUCAUGUUUUAGCCUACUAUAAGACAGAACCAUGUAAGAAGCCCCCUAGGUUAUGCAGACAAGGCUAUGCCUGUCCUCACUACCACAAUGCUAGAGAUAGAAGAAGAAGCCCAAAGAAACUUCGAUGUUACAGGUCAACACCCUGUCCUAAUGUGAAGCAUGGUGACGAGUGGGGUGAAAUUUCUAACUGUGAUCAAGGGGACAAUUGUUUAUAUUGCCACACUAGGACUGAACAACAGUUUCAUCCGGAGAUCUACAAGUCGACCAAAUGUAACGAUAUGCAGCAAACAGGCUACUGUCCACGUGGCCCAUUCUGCGCUUUUGCACAUGUAGACCAGGAAAUGAGUAAUGCUAAAAAUAUACUAGAAGAACUUAAUACUCCAGAAGUAUCAAUGCCAAGUAAGAUGUCUUUGUUCCAAUCGACAACAUCAGCAAUGCAGAGCAUGCCGUCUAACAUGGUAGUCACAACUAAUGGCGGCUCAACUGGCCCCAAUAAUCUUGGACCAAUAGGGAAGCCUCGUUCCAACAGUCAAUCUAGUAAUUAUUCAUCUGAAAGUGGAUCCUAUCAGAAAGCACCUGGUUCUGAACGUGAAGAUACGCUGACAAAUCUAAAGAAACUUCUUCAGAAUGUUGAUAAUGAUGUUACAAUAGACAGCCAGGAGAAGAAUAGAAGGAAACAAAACCUACUGAUGUCACACAACAUCUCACCUGGUAGCCCGUUCGCAUCUAGUAUUUCAAAUUGUGGCCUCCCUAGUCCCGGGACACCGAGUCCCUCUAGCAUGUCAGUAAACGCAACACCUUUCUACCCACCUAGUGAUACUGUCGGCUCUGUUGUUGGUAAUGCUUUGGAUGAUAUUUCAAUAGAAGAUGUUACAAAUUUUGAUAGGGAGUUAAUAGGUGAUAACGAUGGAUCUUCAGUAGGCAGUUCUAGUGCAAGCCUUGGUCAUUUAAGUCUUCUAAGCAGUACUGCCCCUGUGAAUAUUCCUAUGUCUACUAGCUGUUUGAGUCAAAAGACUACUAUAUCCGAGAGUCCUGGCUCGCCCCUCAAUUCUCUUCCACCUGCAUUUGUUCCUCAACAUAUUCAGCAGCAGCAACAAAUAGAAAUAGCAGCGAAAAAUGCUUUCUUUAGUCAACCAAAUCCAUUGCCGAAUCUGCACAAACUUGGGAUGAUGGAUAAUAUAGGUACGUCAUGUUCUCCUUCUCGUGGUCCGCAAUCGCCGCUGCUUACCACGAUGUCUACAAGCACAACAUUAUCGAAUGGUGAAGUUCAAAGGUUACAGGAAGAAGUAAUUAUUCUAAAGAACAAAUUGCAAAGCUGGGAGGAAUCAUGGAACCAAGCAAAGCAGGCAUGUGAUGCAUGGAAGAAAGAGGCUUCUGAUUCUAAUGAAAAAGCUAAAGCAGCUGAUCUGGAAAAGCAAGCCCUUGUCCAGGCAAAGGAAGAAGCUAAGGAAGAAGCUAAGGUUUUAAAACUUGAAAUUGAAGGGCUGAGUGGAGGGCCUCAUUUACAUGUACUCAACCGUACAUCAGAUCUUAAAGGGCUUCCUCUACAUAAAUUAAAGUCAUUACAACUUCAGUUGAGAUCAGAUCUUGAUAAAUUAGAAAAGGUAAUUCACAUACGAGAAGGAUCUAGCUGUUACGGUUGUCAAGACAAAGCACGCAACGUGGUUGUAGCGCCGUGUUAUCACCUUGUGUUCUGUGAAUUAUGCGCCCCGAAUAAAUCAACCUGUAGUAUUUGUCACGGCCAUGUAGUACAAAGGAUUACUAUUCAUUUAUAAAUUUGCUUGCUAGUCAGGGUUACGUCGUCAGGGUGAUAUGAUAGAACAGAGGCCCAACGUGAUUGGUUCCCUUAAAAAAUAGAUGAAUUUUUAAAAUUUACAUCAUGUGGCCAGUUGGUGAUGAAUAUUCAUUAUUUUAAUUUUGUUCCUUAUUAGAUAUAAUACUAUGUUUUAGAAUUUGGUUAUGUUUAUUUUUUUAAAUAUUAUUUUAAACUUUAUUCAUAUAUUUGAUGUUUAUUAUUUCUCCUUUUAAGGAGAAAGCAGAAAUAUAUCAUGCUUUAAAAUGCCUUUUAGUUAUUUUUCAAAUAGAUGAUUAACAAAUCAAAUUAUUAACUUUUGGAUAACAAUUGAGAAACGUCUGCAAAAUUAAGAUUAUUGUUUU